CUCUCUCUCUCUCUCUCUCUCUUUACCUUUGAUCUGGCUCGCCGAGAAUAUGGAGAUCGGCCCCCGACACUCCGCUUCACCUCCACAACAUCUCCGAGCCGAUCACUCCCCGCCAUGGGCCGUGGGGACGCAAGGAACGCGGAAUUCCUAAUUAGUCCCUCCUCUGUAACAUCUGGUCUCAUCUUUCGUGGCCCAUAGACCAUCGUGCGUACGUGCGAACUAUCAAAAUGUCGUGGCCACGUCGGUCUGUCGUAUAGUUAUUUGUGUUCACCUGCACCGGCUAAGGAUCAAUCCGGUGCGGUCUGUAUUAGUGGUCAGCAACUGGUCACGCAGCUCUGAGAAAUGAAACCAAAAAGAUAAACUAUAGCCAUCCUUCAUUCCUGAGGCUAACAACCGAGAUUUGUGCCAAGUAUCUCACAUCAUGGCGGUGGUUUCUUGCAUGCAGAACGUCAAGUUUGUCCUUGAUCUCUAGCCGCUGUACGAGAAACACUGAGUAAUCUCACUCGUACUACUCGAUCAAUGCCAUGUCGUCAGAUUCUGCAGUUACACUCAAAAUCACCAGUUGUCGUGCAAGUGUGGCCGUUGGUCACCUCAACUGUUGAUUGACAACUCAUAACUACUCCACCUCAAGAUAGUAUAUCUCCUCACUACACUAUCAACAUCUUCAUCAUGGUGUUACAAUCUGCAUAGUAUCGGCUUUCACUCAUCAAGUUGAAUGAUAUUCUGCAGGUAAACCCAAGGCUCUUUGGCUCCUGUAUUCAUUGCAUUUGGGCAGCUCUGCAGCUGUUCACCUAGCAUGAUAGGCUGAGCCCCACGCAUGCAUAUAUGAUGUAGAGCCAGAUUAUGUAGCUAAUAACGGUUCUUUGGAGACAUAUGCAUGUAUGUGUUGUUACAUGCACCAUAGUCUGGAACAUUCCAACCACUUUGUGUUUGGUAAAGCAGUUUGCUCGAGACUCCGAAGUCGUCGAAAGACUGUGACUCAUAUUUGGCUUGCUAUGAAGUUGUUUCAUUCCCUCCGAGGACGUCCUCAGCUACAUGCCUCCGAGUGGCUUGAUUCUCAUGGUAUGAGGUGCACCUAUGUAAUUAUUAGGAAUCGCGCUGAUGGCAUCAUGCCGUGGUGUAUUACGCGCCUGAGGCUCACUGCGACCGAAGCAGUCCCAUCGACUUCAGGUAUAUAUCAUGGUUUCAUCUAAUUUACACAAUACCUCGACUGAGGAC